CAGGCUUGUGCGCGUACGUACAGCAGGUUAAGAGGAAGUGAGGUGCAAUUAUAAAUCGGCUUUUCGCAUGAACACGUUUUCGGUUCUCGUUCUGGAGUUUAUUAUUGCGCCUCGUGCUCUCAUAUAUGCGCCAAGUGCAACAGUAACUCCAGACUUCAGACUGACUCUAAUAAGAGUGCUCCUCUGAGAUGGAGUGACCAUACGAGAACAACGUUAUUUUCCUCUUCAAGAUACAGCAGAAGUCCUUCAUCAUCACCAUCAUCAUCAUCAUCAUCACAUGCUGCAAACAUGAAGCAAAUCACUAAACCCACCAGGAUCCCAUCAGAGAAUCACUUUAUAACACCAGGAAGAGCUCGAUCAGCCGGGCGACAGCCGCCCUCAUUGGACAAGCUGCCUGAGCAGUACCUAAUUGGACAGUGGCCACGAGAGCCGUAUCAACCCCAGGCGUCCUGUAUGAGUGAUAAAGCCACACAGACUCCUGGCUUUUGGACUGAGGAUGAAGGAGAUGUUAACACACACACAAGCGCUCGGCAUCAUGGGGCAGCGCUGACCGUCUCAUAG